AUGUCGGGGGAAGAGGAUAGGAGCUAUAACUUUUCCAAUAAUAGCUAUGUCUCGGAUACCUCAGCAAUUAGUUUGAGCAGCGAGAUCAAGGGACAGAGAAAGGCUAGUGAUCAAACUCACCGAAGUUCAGUUCAUAGAAAUCAAAGUGAUGCUAGUGGUGACUCUUUCUUUUCUACUAGACUGCCGCAUAUAUUGGAUCAUGACACUGAUGGGGGAUUUAGUGGCCAACCUACUCCGGAUUUAAAUAUUGAAAGUAGAAGCUCCGCCAGUCCUAAACCGAGCAGGAAAACGUCAUUAAGGUUCAGAUUGCCUGAUUCCCUGUCGGCAUCUACACCGCCAACUACGAGCUCCUCAGCCGCAUCUUCGAAGCUCCAUCAUCAUAAUAAAUUUGGUUCCCCUUUCAUGGAUGAAAAUGUUAUCAUGGAAAAUGAGAUUUAUGAUGGAAGUAGACCUCAAUCGCCCCACUUUCCUGAUGACAUCAUAUAUACAACUGACCUUGAACCUCAUUCUUCUUCUUCAAAGGAUUCCGAUAUAGGUUCCUCCGCUCUAGAAAGGAAAGAAUCAACAAUGAAAAGACAUAGGUGGGGUACUACUAGAAAUAAAAAGGGAAGACCCAUGAAGGAGAAAGUUAACAGGUCUAAGACUUUAAAAAAGAUUUUACGUCACCCAAGCCAUUCACAUCGUUCGACUGACCGAAAUAAUUCUGUUAUCAGAAAGCCAAGUAGCGCAGAAUCUAUAAUUGAUGACUAUGACACCGAUAGAGACGAAGACGACAACGAUGAGGAAGAAGGUGACCCUGCCGAUCGCAAAUCUGAAAAACGAACAGUUGUUUUUAAUAGAGUGUUAAAGAACGAAUUGCUAGACCCCGAAACUGGAAAGCCACUUACCAACUAUCCACGAAAUAAAAUCAGAACAACCAAGUACACUCCUCUUAGUUUUCUCCCUAAGAACAUUACGAAUCAAUUUCUUCACAAUGUUGCCAAUAUUUAUUUCCUUGCUGUUAUUAUAUUGGGUGCCUUUGGAAUUUUUGGCGUGCCUAGUCCUGUGUUAUCGGCCGUACCAUUAAUAUGUAUUGUUAUUAUCACAGCUAUAAAAGAUGCAAUCGAAGAUUCAAGACGUACGGUUUCAGACUUGGAAGUAAAUAAUCAAAUCACACAUAUAUUAACUCAGGUGUCGGACUCCGACACAGGCUAUGUCUAUGAGAAUGCCAAUAUUAAUGAUGAAAAAAUCUCAUUAUGGAGGCAAUUUAAGAAAGCCAAUUCAAGACUCUUAUUCAAAACGAUCGACAAAAUUAACACAAAUUUCACGAAACAAGGAAGAGCCCGCAAAGAGAGGGAGAGAUUUAAUGAGGAAAAUAACAACCCUGAGCAUAAUAACAAAAAAUCUUUUGAUUCAGAUUUAAACGAUUAUAGAAAUAGCUUGGAAGACCCAUUUAGAGAUAGAGUUAGGAAAUCAUUUCAACUGCAUCGUGGGUCAAAACAAUUUGACCGUCAUAGAACCAUGAAAUUUGCUAAGAAGUACUGGAAAGAUGUUAAAGUGGGAGAUGUGCUUAGAAUUUACAACAACGACGAGAUACCUGCUGAUGUGGCCAUAUUAUCCACAAGUGACGAAGAUGGCUGCUGCUAUGUUGAAACGAAAAAUCUAGAUGGUGAAACAAACUUGAAAGUUAGGCAGGCUCUAAAAUAUGGUUCUGUUGAACAUGAGAUAAAAAAGGCAGAUGACUUGAUGGCUCGAAGUUUUGAGAUCGAAAGUGAGGGUCCUCAUCCAAACUUAUAUUCGUAUGAAGGUAAUUUAAGAUACGGCGACGAUGGCGAACAACAGGAAGCGAUUACAAUAAAUAACUUGCUUCUCAGAGGCUGCUCUUUGAGGAAUACUAAGUGGGUAAUUGGGGUGGUUGUAUUUACUGGAUCGGAUACUAAAAUUAUGAUAAAUGCAGGUGUAACUCCAACAAAACAGUCUCGAAUUUCUCGUGAAUUAAAUUACUAUGUGUACUUAAACUUCAUCCUUUUAUUUCUAUUGUGUUUCGUAUCAGGUCUUGUUAAUGGUAUCUAUUAUCGAUCAAACCAUGUCUCUCGAGAUUUUUAUGAAUUCGGCACAAUUGCAGGUACCCCCGCCUUAAAUGGUUUGGUAAGUUUUUUCGUGGCUGUUAUCCUAUAUCAAUCUUUGGUUCCGAUUUCCUUGUAUAUCACGAUCGAAAUUAUUAAAACGGCACAAGCAUUUUUUAUUUAUUCAGAUAUAAGGAUGUACUAUGAACCGUUAGAUUACCCCUGCACACCGAAAUCUUGGAAUAUAUCUGAUGACUUAGGGCAAAUUGAGUACGUGUUUAGUGAUAAGACAGGUACACUAACACAGAAUAUAAUGGAAUUUAAGAAAUGUACAAUUAAUGGAGUUAGCUAUGGCAGGGCUUAUACCGAAGCCUUAGCAGGAUUGAGGAAGAGACAAGGUGUUGAUGUGGAUACUGAAGCUGCCACGGAGAAGGAGUUGAUUGGCAAAGACAAAGAAGAAAUGAUGAGUAUUUUAGAUGAUAUCUCGCAAUCAACAAAAAGUUAUCACGAUGAGUUGACUUUUGUUUCUUCGGAGUUUGCAAAAGCGCUCAAGGGAUCACAAGGUGAAGAGCAGAAACAUGCGAAUGAACAUUUUAUGCUGGUGCUAGCCCUUUGCCAUUCCGUCUUAACAGAAGCAGAUCCUAAAAAUGACGAUAAGAUGCUUUUAAAAGCACAGUCGCCAGAUGAAGCUGCAUUGGUAGGCACAGCAAGGGCUGUUGGUUUUGCUUUCACUGGAAACACAAAGAAAGGCGUGCUGGUCGAUUUUCAAGGUGAAAGUAAAAACUACCAAGUUCUCAACACGUUAGAGUUCAACUCAACAAGAAAGAGAAUGAGCGCUAUUAUCAAGGUCCCACCUGAGAACCCUGGAGGAGAACCGAAAGCAAUUCUCAUGUGCAAGGGUGCAGAUUCAGUAAUAUAUAAUCGUUUAUCAAAGUCAAAUGAUAGGACGCUCUUAAAUCAAACUGCGAAACACUUGGAGGAAUUCGCAACUGAAGGUUUAAGAACAUUAUGUAUUGCCCAGAGGGAGCUAACAUGGACCCAAUAUACCGAGUGGAAUAAGAGGCACCAGGCAGCAGCAUCUUCUUUGGACAAUAGAGAGGAAAAAAUGGAGGAGGUCGCAGAUUCCGUAGAAAGAGAGUUGAUAUUGCUUGGUGGAACGGCUAUUGAGGAUAGACUUCAAGAUGGCGUCCCUGACUCGAUAUCCAUUUUGGGUCAAGCUGGUAUUAAGUUAUGGGUUUUGACUGGUGAUAAAGUUGAAACUGCCAUCAAUAUAGGAUUUUCCUGUAACCUACUUGCUAAUGAAAUGGAAUUAUUAAUAUUAAAGUGCCACUUGUCGAAAGAAGAAUCGAUGAAGGUUGAAAUAAUGGAAGAAUUACUGGAGAGCGAGUUAGUUAACAGACUUGUCACUUAUUAUUUAUCCAAACACUUCGGCAAUAACGGAACAGUUGAAGAGUUGGAUGAGGCUAUGGAUGACCAUACUCCACCAAGCGAUGGAUACGGUGUCGUGAUUGAUGGUGAUGCUCUAAAAAUUGUAUUAUCAGAUCCUGAUACCAGGAGAAAAUUUCUCCUUUUAUGUAAACAUUGCAAAGCAGUUCUUUGCUGCCGAGUAUCUCCUGCCCAAAAGGCCGCAGUUGUUAAACUAGUCAAGGAUUCUUUGGAUGUCAUGACAUUAGCGAUAGGUGAUGGCUCAAAUGACGUCGCAAUGAUUCAGGCUGCUGACGUGGGCGUUGGUAUUGCUGGUGAAGAAGGAAGGCAAGCUGCAAUGUCGUCAGAUUAUGCGGUUGGUCAGUUCCGUUACUUAGUAAGACUAUUACUAGUUCAUGGAAGAUGGUCUUAUAAGAGAUUUAGUGAAAUGAUUCCAAGUUUCUUCUAUAAGAACGUUAUUUUUUCAUUAGCUUUAUUUUGGUAUGGAAUUUAUAAUGAUUUUGAUGGUUCAUAUCUUUUCGAGUACACUUACUUGAUGUUUUAUAAUUUGGCAUUCACAUCAUUGCCCAUUAUCUUUUUGGCAGUCUUUGAUCAGGAUACUAGUGCAAAAGUCUCAUUAUUGGUUCCUCAGCUUUACCGAACAGGUAUCACGAGGAGCGAGUGGACUCAAACUAAGUUUUGGUGGUAUACGAUCGAUGCAACUUAUCAAUCAGUUAUUUCUUUUUUCUUUCCCUAUUUGAUGUAUUACAAAUCGUUUCAAGGGAUGAAUGGAUUACCAAUUGAUCACAGGUUUUGGAUAGGAAUUGUUGUUACAUGUAUCUCUUGUAUUGCUUGCAAUCUUUAUAUAUUGUUGCAUCAGUAUAGAUGGGAUUGGCUAUCAUCUUUGAUCGUCGCAUUGUCAAUCUUGAUCAUAUAUACAUGGACGGGUUUGUGGACCACCUCAACAUAUUCUCAAGAAUUCUACAAAGCGGCGCCACAAAUGUUUGGAAGUACUGGCUUUUGGGCUUGCUCGUUUAUCGGAGUGAUUGUGUGUUUACUUCCUCGAGUUACAUACGACUUUCUUCAAAAAGUAAUCUUUCCAAAGGAUAUCGACCUUAUUAGAGAAUGUGUAAAUCGUGGGGACUUUGAUGCCUACCCUGAAAACUAUGAUCCAACGGAUCCUAAUAGACCCAAGAUUAGUGAAUACAGUAAUGAAGUCGUCAAGAGAAUUAGCAUGAAUCAAAAUAGGUCGGAGUCAACAGUCUUUUCUAAAGAUAUAGCGUCCAAUAAUAAAGCGGACCCCGAGAAUCUCAAGUCUCCAGCAAAGACUUAUCAGCGAUAUGUACCGCCGAGCUCUCCUAGUAUUUCUUCACCUAGGUCGACUUCAUUCACCGGCACACAAAAAUCUCCUCAAAGAAAUUCAAUCAUCAAUAUUUUCAAAAGAAAACAUAAGGUUCCAAGUACCUACUACGAUAAUAAUCAUGACUUUAUAGAUGCUUAUAACUUGUCCAAUGAUACUAUGGAUGAUCUUAACGGAACGUUACACACGGAGGAAAUUGCAAUGGAGGAUUUCGCAGCCAACUAUGAGCGCGCAUCCCGAAUCUCGGAUGAAAAUCAUCGACGUCUUUCUGGCAACAUUACACCAACCCAGUUGAGCCCUACUCACCGCAAGUAG